AGUAAAUUCUUUUACUCCUUUCCAGAGCCAAGAUCCCCCGGGGCCGCCCGAGGGAUGGGCUGGGCCUUCUGAGGCGAGUGGAACCUGUUCCUCCAGGUGUGGUCCUACAGGUACCUGCCCGGCGGCCAGGUGAAAACCAGGUGCCCCGCCACUCUUCCUGCGCAAAGCGCGUCUCCUCCGCCGAGCUACACUGUCCGCGCCAGGGUCCGAGGAUGCCCUACUCUUACCAGAACUCCUUCCAGAACAAGGGCGGCGACAAGCCGGUGCAGGCUCGCCCGACCCAGUUGGACGGCAGGAGCUUCGAGGAGCUCCGCCGGGAAUGCCUGCAGAAGAAACGGCUGUUUGAGGACCCGGACUUCCCUGCCCGCGACUCCUCUAUCUACUACAGCGAGAGCGUACCCAUCAACUUCUCAUGGAAGCGACCGGGGGAACUUGCACCAGAUCCAAAGUUUAUCCUCGGUGGAGCGACCAGAACCGACAUUUGCCAAGGAGAACUUGGUGACUGCUGGUUGCUGGCUGCCAUAGCCUCCCUUACCCUUACCGAGCAGACGCUAGCGAGGGUGGUUCCUCCUGACCAAGAUUUUGAUCAGAACUAUGCUGGGAUAUUCCACUUCCAGUUCUGGAAGCACAAUGAGUGGAUCGACGUCGUCGUCGACGACAGGCUGCCCGCAGUCAGGAACCGGCUGGUUUUUCUGCACUCGGCGGACAACAACGAGUUCUGGAGCGCUCUGCUGGAGAAGGCCUACGCCAAGUUGUAUGGGAGCUACGAGGCCCUGAAGGGAGGCAGCACGGUCGAAGCUAUGGAGGAUUUCACCGGGGGGGUGGGAGAGAUGUACGACACCAAAAAAGCCCCCGACAACCUCUAUCAGAUCAUCCAGAAGUUCAAGGUGACCCUGACCGACGCGGACGACGAUGACGAUGAUGUGUGCACCUUCAUCGUCGCCUUGAUGCAGAAGAACCGGCGCCAGCUGCGCAAGGAAGGGCUGGACCUGGAAACAAUCGGCUUCACGAUCUAUGAGGUUGUCUGCUUGAUGGAAUUUGAGGAUUUCAAGACGAAUUACGACCAGAUCGAGAUCUGCAACCUCUCUCCUGACUCUUUAACGGACGACACCGCGCGGAGCUGGGAAGUGACCUUAUUUGAAGGCAGCUGGAUUCGGGGUUCAACCGCUGGGGGCUGCAGAAAUUUCAUUGGUAAGCAGAUCGGCAGAAGGAUGGGCCAUUGUGUGGGUGGGCAUUUCUCACAUCAUGCUCUUCUCCACAGGGAGAUGGGGAGUACAAUUGAAGCAGAUCUACCAGAACCACCCAGGCCCAGCCCGAAGGAAGAGGAGAGCAAUGAGGAGAAAGGCCUGAGGAGACUGUUCGAGCAGAUCGCAGGCCCGGAUAUGGCUAUCUGUGCAGAAGAACUUCAGAAGAUACUGAAUGGUGUCCUGAGCAGACGGAAGGAGAUCAAAUUUGAUGGCCUUACUCUUAACACUUGCCAGAGCAUUAUCAAUUUGAUGGAUGCUGACAACACUGGAAAACUUGAGUUUCAGGAGUUCAAAAUCUUUUGGGAUAAGUUAAAGAAAUGGAUUAUGUUGUUUCUGACAUUUGACACGGACCGAUCCGGCUGUUUGUCUUCUUACGAACUGAGAGCAGCUCUCAGCUCAAUAGGGAUCCGUCUCAACAACAAAAUCCUGCAGUUGCUGGCCUUGAGAUUCGCUGACUCGAAGUUCAACAUCGACUUUGACGACUUCCUCACGUGCGUCGUUCGGCUUGAAAACAUGUUGAGAGUUUUCCAGGCACUUGACAGAGACAACAGCGGAGAGAUCUCCCUGGGUUUCCAGCAGUUCUUGCACCUGACUAUGAACAUCUGAAGAGUGGAAGAGCACAAGAGGAAUGUGAAAGACACUGAACAGUGUUUCACCCUGGUGGAGGAAAGCAAAGAGAUCUGUAGUACAGCUUGGUUUGUCAGCUCACUGGUUCUAGUGGACACUAGAACAAUAUAUUCAAUGUCUGAGGAUCUGAACCUUUGUUGGCACCUGGCUACAGCCAACUAAAUAACAGUACUUCUGCUCAACUCCAUAUAUUAAACACAAAGGUUUUUCAAUUGGCUUAAUAACAUGCUUGUACGGUGCCCAUCUAGACACAACACAGGCAUCCCAAAUUGAUCAAAGGGGAAUAACUAGGUUAAAUCGCUAGUACUAAUGUGCUAAUCCCCAAGGUGUGCUUUGGAAGAAAAAAUAAUAAAACGCAGUUCCCAUGGA